AUGGUGGAAACUAGGGCACAGGCAAAACUCAAAAACAAAACAGUCGAAAUGACUUCCGAGGCUCCUGAGUCCACCUCACCAAUCACUGUCACCGAGACCGAACACGCGGUCAAAAUCUCGGCCAGCAGUCCAAUGACGACGGGUCGCAUGGCCGAGUCCUUGGGAGAGCAAGCAGUCGUGGAAGAUCUGAUGGCAAAGCAGGCCUACAAGAUAGAAACAUCCUUUAUGGCCGCGGUGGACAGAUUCUCCUCAGAACUACGGACGCCCCCCAAACCCGGACAGAGAGGCCAAGAGCGCGAGAGGUUCGAGCCCUACGGCGAAAGCAGCAGCCUCGGCGUCUCUAGCCGCACACAAGCUUUGGCCGCUGACAAAUAG